AUGAGCCAGCAAUCCCAACAGGGGCUGCAGGGCUCCUUCCACCGCGGAUUUGGCGGUAGCGCCGUAAUAGAUUCGCCCAUCUAUUCAGCCUCAUACUCGGGCGUCGACGUAUACGAAAUGGAGGUCAAUGGCAUCGCUGUCAUGCGCAGGAGAAACGAUUCAUGGCUCAAUGCUACGCAGAUUCUGAAAGUCGCCGGUGUGGACAAGGGCAAGCGCACAAAAAUCCUCGAAAAGGAGAUCCAGACGGGCGAGCACGAAAAGGUUCAGGGCGGCUACGGAAAAUACCAGGGCACUUGGAUCAAAUUUGACCGUGGAGUCGAAGUUUGCCGCCAGUAUGGAGUCGAGGAGCUACUGCGGCCACUUUUGACCUACGAUAUGGGGCAGGACGGUGGUGUGGCCGGUCGAGGCGACCUCAACACGCCGACCAAAGAGCAGGCCAUGGCUGCUCAACGCAAGCGACUCUACAAUUCGAACGCUGAUGGCCGAGCCAGUGGACUCUCGGGCACUUUCUUCAAGAGCAUUUCCACCACCGCAUCUCACGCAGUUGCUGCAAUCAGCAAGGCCAGAUUCGACUCUCCCGGCCCCAGGAGCCGGAAUGGGCCUACGAGAGCUCCAAGCUUCAACCGUCAAGCAUCGGGGCACGAUGAUUUCCCCGGAAAUUCGCAGCAGAGCUACGCUUCUGAUUACGGUCAGCAACCAGACUUGAGUUUUUCGGCACAGCAACAACCCUCAUCCCAAGGCGCCCUUACCGAGCCCGAACCCCCUCGAAAGCGCCAACGCACAGCCAUGACACCUAGUGAAAGUUUUGGUGGUAUUGCUAGUUACGGGCCGACUCUCGACAUGUACGCCAACGCAAGCGCAUUCCCCGGGUCUCCCACCGAACCCAACGAAUCAUUCGUUUAUAAUGGUAUCAACCAGAGUCCCGACGAGGAUCUUGGCGGCCCUCUCGCUCCCUUGCCCUUGGACCACACGCCCGAAAGCACACACAAGCGCAGCCUUCUUAUGGACUUGUUUAUGGACGACGGUGCGCCAGACAGCACUCGAUAUGACGUUCUCCGAACCUUUACACCCCAGGAACUCGAUAUGCCAAUCGAUGCGCAUUGCCACACAGCCUUGCAUUGGGCUGCCACCCUGUCCCGCAUGCCCCUUUUACGCGCCCUCAUCUCGUGCGGAGCUUCUGCAUACCGAGUGAAUACCUCGGGCGAGACAGCGCUAAUGCGGGCCUGCCUAGUCACUAAUUCCAUGGAUCAUGGGUCCUUCCCCGACCUGCUCGAGGUUCUGGGUGGUACCGUAGAGUCCCGCGAUCACAAGGGACGCACAGUUCUUCACCACAUUGCUGUGACCAGCGCAGUCAAGGGGCGCAGUUCGGCAAGCAGGUACUACCUGGAGAGUCUGCUCGAGUGGGUUGUGCGCCAGGGAAGUGUGCCUAACAGCCAGGCCAAUGGCAACGUCCCCUCAAGCUCGCAAACAGCCACCCCAAAGAUGGGCAUCGCGCGCUUCAUGAGCGAAAUAGUCAACGCUCAGGAUAGCGCUGGCGACACCGCCCUGAAUAUCUCAGCGAGGAUAGGCAAUCGCAGCAUAGUGUCGCAACUGCUCGAGGUGGGCGCAGAUCCCGAGAUUGCCAACCGAGCUGGCCUGCGACCGCUUGACUUCGGCAUCGGAGGAGAGAACUCGGAGGAGAAGACAGCAGUGGAGCAGGCUGAUACUAACGGCGCAGUCGGUUCUAGCCAGCGAAAUAAGGAGAGCAGCGAUGAGAUCAUUACUUGUAAGUACUCUCUUCUGCUGCCUAUUGCUUGCGAUCUUGUGACUAACUUCAAAACAGCCAUUACCCACCUGUUGACGGAGACAAGCACCUCGUUCCAGCAGGAAAUCAAAGCUAAACAACAAUCUGUGGAUUCCAUUCACUCAACACUCCGAACGACUUCGACACAGUUGGGUGAGGCUAGAAAGAGUGUUGAGCAGCUCUCUGCCACCCUGAAAAAACAGCAGGUUGCCCGUCAGAUCAUCACCAACUUGGCCAGUACUCGUCAGGAUGACAAGAUUCGCAUCAUGCAAGAACAAGCUGGAUCCAACCCCCUUGGGUCCUGGGAAACGGAGCUCUCCACCGUUCUGGAAUCCCCAGCCGAGGCCUCUAUCGGAUUCCUCCCGUCUUCCAUUGUCCUGCGCACUCGCAUCAAGGCUCUGGAGAGUCGCGCUGAUGCAACGAGGAAAAUGGUGCAAAAGCUGAAAGGGCGAAGUCGAGACAUAGAGUUCAAGUAUCGACGAGUCAUCUCAGUUUGCACAGGCGUGGCCGAAGAGGAGGUUGACUCGGCAGUGGACGGCCUGCUGAAGGCUGCUGAGAGCGAGAGCGACGAGCUGGACCCAACCAGAGUAAGACGCUUCCUCGGUGGCGUAGAGGGCGUGGUGCAUUAG